GCACCCCCAGUCAAUCCUGACUUCCCUCUCCCCCCACAUGUCUCUGCCUGCAGCCCUCUUGUCUCGCGUCCCGUUCAGCCUCUCGCACGACGAGCCUGGCACGCCUGCUUCGGACUCGGACACGGAGUCCAUCACCACCACCUCCUCGUCCGCCUCCUCGUCGCUGUCGCCCAGCAGACUGCUCGACCGUCUUGUGCAUCACGUGUGUGCGCGUGCGGAUAUUCUCAAGCCUGCGCUUCUCGGCGCUGUCUUCGAUAUGCACUGCGGCGAUGACGCUGCGCUGCUGACGCUGUGCAUCAACGAGCAGAAAUCCGCGGACCUGUCCCACCAGACCAUCGUCCGGUUGGCCCCUUCCGAGUGGCAGGCCAAGCAAGUCGACGGCGUAGACUACCGAUUCGCUUCUGCCGAUGGCUGCGUUAGUUUUUCCCAUACCAAGGCUGCUAUCUCAACCGACCCUCUCCAAGCCAGCCGUCUGAACACCUUUGCGGUCGCCGGCCUCCGCUGCGUGCUGUCUGCCGUGUCAGAGUGCGGCCACGAUUCGGUGUACAUCCUCGAACGACCGAGGGUCGUGUUCCCGCCGCUGUCCACUGCGCCAUCGUAUAGCCCGUGUGCGAAGAGACCAGAGACAGGCAACAUUCCCACGCUCGGGGAGUGGCAGAACCUCUGGCGGGCCUGGGAUCUCGUCACUCUGGGCAUGAUUCCCCAGGAGAUGCUGCUCCAGAAGCCCAUCGACCUGCGUCACAAAUGUCUUUUCUACAUCGGGCACAUCCCAACGUUCCUGGACAUGCUGCUGUCCAAGUCCAUCGGGGGCUCGCCAACCGAACCGGCGUAUUUCUGGGACAUCUUCGAGCGCGGCAUCGACCCCCACGUCGACGAUCCCGACCACUGCCACAACCACUCGGUCGUCCCCGAGAAAGAUGAGGACUGGCCGUCGCUGGACGGCAUCAUCGGGUUCCGCAACGGCGUCCGGGCCCGACUGGCUCAGUUGUACGACGACAUCGACAGCGGAAAACGGACGCUGACGCGAAACAUCGCGCGGACACUCGUCAUGACGCUGGAGCACGAGGGCUGGCAUGUCGAGACGCUGCUGUACAUGCUCAUCCAGCGCGCGGGAACAGGGACGCUCCCGCCGCCCGGGUUCACCGAGCCCGCCUGGGAUCUGCUCAAGCUCCAGUGGGAUGCGACACCCAAGCCUUGCGCCGAUUCGGUGGUCGUGGGCCCCGCGAUGGUCACCAUGGGCCACGACGAUUCCGAAGCCGACGACGCCGUUGCCGCGCUCAAGUUCGACGCCGAGGAGCGGGAAUACGGCUGGGACAACGAGAGCCCGCCGCGUCAAGUCCGUGUCGAAAGCUUCAGGGCGUCCUGGCGACCGAUCACCAACAACGAGUUCUUUGAGUUCUGGGCCGCGGGAAAAGCCGAGCUGCCCCAGAGUUGGGUCGAGGAGGAUGGCCAGAUCAAGGUUCGAACGGUGUAUGGCCUAGUGCCAAUGGACGUGGCGGGCGAAUGGCCGGUUCUCACAACAUACGACGACUUGAAAGCAUAUGCGCGAUCCAAGGGAGGUCGCCUACCGACAGAGCCCGAGCUGCGGCUCUUCCUGGACACACACGACAGCGGAUUCGAGGGUGGAGGAAACGUCGGCUUCAGAAACUGGCACCCAGUCCCAGCAACUGCAGGCAUCGACGGAGCCAAAGGCACCAACGGCGGAGUCUGGGAGUGGACAUCGACCGUCUUCGACACACACGAGGGCCUCGCACCAACAAACCUGUUCACGGGAUACUCCACGGACUUCUUUGAUACCAAGCACCAAUCAGUGCUUGGCGCUUCCUACGCAACAAUCCCUCGACUGGGUCGAAGGACCGUCCGCAACUUCUGGCAGCGUGGAUAUGGCUACGCUUGGGUUGGGGCAAGAGUCGUCUGGGACGUCUGAUGUGUAACCAUUUUCAUAUGUAUCAGUAUUUGGCAAUUUACCUAUUUAUUGCGCA